AUGUCUCUUUCCACUGGAAGCAUUAAUCCCAUCAGUGUUUCUGUACUUAAAGAGUUAGCAAAUCGCACCAAAGCCAAAUGGGCCUCAGGGGGCCCAGGGGGCAUUGCAGCUCGUCUCCCUCCGAUGCGGGACUUGACCAUCGGAAACAUCACUGGAAAUGUGAUGCAAAUCAACUCGAUGUGUGAUAACCCUCGCCUUCGGUAUCUCAUUACGAAGCUUGUCAAGGCAUUGCAUGACUAUGUCCGAGAGGCACUGAUCGACGCGUGGGAGACCGACGGGAACGGCGUAUACGAUCUCGAAUACGCGGGGAGUCAAGAGCCUAAAUGUCGUGGCAAGAUCCACUGA